CUCCCCCCUCGCAUCACCAAUAAUGUCGGAGCGCGGACACUUCCGGGGCGGACGUGGCGGUGGCCGGGGCGGCGGUGACCGCGGUGGACGCGGCGGCGGGCGCGGCGGAGCCCACGGCCAAGGCCACGAGCGCCCCAAGAAGGAAAACAUCCUUGACCUGGGCAAGCUCAUGGACAAGGAGAUCACCGUCAAGUUCAAUGGCGGCAGGGAAGUGACCGGAACACUCAAGGGCUACGACCAGCUCAUGAACCUAGUGCUGGACGAUGUCAAGGAGAUCAUGCGCGACGAAGAAGGCAACCAGUCCACCCGCUCCCUCGGCCUGAUUGUCGCGCGCGGCACUCUGCUCGUCCUGAUCUCUCCCCUCGACGGCAGCGAGGAGAUUGCCAACCCGUUCGCGCCGCCCGAGGACGAGUGAACGUAUUGUGCAGGAACAACGCGACGACAAACUUGACGACGACCAUCUGGACCGCAUGGUCUGGCCCAGCUCGAGAAGAGCAGCAUGGUACGAUUCUUGACGGUCCAGAGAAGCUAGGACAGACAUACUGUAACGGAGAAGAAGAAAACGGACAAAGGAUCCGGGUCUGGUAAGCAGUGGAAGGCGUAGAGCUAACUACGCGCUCGAGGUUUGUCACAUAGGCUCAGCUACCCAUAUACCAAAAAAGCAGCCUUGAACAAGGCUCUCGUACCAAC